AUCCGUUGACAACGUGCUUUGGCGUACUCGCGUAUUUUUAGGUUAUAAAGCUGCGUCUUUUGAAAGACACUGAAGCAGGUUUUUUAAUAGAGAAUUAAUCAGCGACCGCAUAUGUCUCAUCUCGAGUACUGUCCCAAUUAGAAUGGCGAAUACAUUGUUGAGCUUAGCUGAAAAAACAUUUAUAGUGCACGGGGUGGAUGAUAACUACCGAACCGAUGGCAGAAAUAGAUCUGAAUAUCGCCCAAUAGAAGUGGAAACAAAAGUCUUACCUCAUACUAGUGGUUCUGCUCGUUUACGACUAGCAAAUACUGAUAUUCUAGUCGGUGUUAAAGCCGAGGUUGACACACCCUAUCCCGACAACCCUAAUGAAGGAAAAUUGGAAUUCUUUGUUGACUGUUCCGCCAAUGCUACACCGGCAUUUGAAGGGAAAGGAGGUGACAAUUUAGGUACAGAAAUAAGCAAUACUUUAACGUUAGCUUACCAGUCAUCUCAUGUUCUUGAUUUAACAACACUGUGCAUUUUACCUCAGCAAAAGUGUUGGAAAUUAUAUGUUGACGUUUUAAUUCUUCAAUGCGAUGGCAAUUUAUUUGAUGCUGUAGCAUUAGCGGUUAAGGCUGCAUUAUACAGUGCACAAAUUCCCAAAGUUACAACUGCAACACUUGACGGUGGUAAAGCUGACAUUCAAUUAUCAGACGAUCCUUUCGAUUGUGUUAAGCUGGAUGUUAGUAGUUUUCCUGUUCUGGUUACCCUCUGCAAAAAUUUUACUUUUAUACAGAUAGGAGAAAAUUGUGUAGUUGAUCCAACUUCAGAGGAGGAAGAGUGUAGUGCAGCAAGUAUAGUUGUCGCCGUAAUGCCCAAUGGUCGUAUAACGUCUGUGGUGAAGACGGGAUAUGGCAGUCUUCAACCCUCGACAUUGGUUAAAACAGUAGAGCUCGCAAAAGACAUUGGAAUUAAGUUGAAUGCAGGAAUUAUGAAUGCAUUGAAGGAGGAGGACGAGUUAGGUUCACAGAGAGAAAUUUUUGGGUUUCUUAAAUAAAAUUCACAUCUAAGAAUUGUUUAAUAUUUUUUAUGUACAUAAAUUAUAUUUUGAAUCAAUAAACAAGAA